AGUGCCUGCAGCCAACCAGGGUCAGGCUGUGCUCACAGUUUCCUCCGGGCGGGCGGCAUGUAAAGGCUCCACAAAGGAGUUGGGAGUUCAAAUGAGGCUGCAGCAGACGGCCUGAGGACCGACCAAGCCCCAAGCGGUGCUGCCUGAGCCCAGACCUGCAGAGCAUGGCCCUGAGGCAGCCGCCGGCUCCCACCCCAAGAGGAGGCAGGUUGUGAGCAGCCCUGCAGGACCCCGGCCAGCCCCCACCCAGCCUGGCGGAGCUGCACUGUGCAGGAGGAGCAGAGCCAGCAGAGGCCAGCGAGGCAGGGCUGCCGGGUGGCCGGGCAAGCCUGAGACUUGAGGGCCCUCCUGGAGGCCAUGGACAGGCUGCCCCGCUGACGGCCAGAGGGAAGCAUGUAAGGAGCGGCCCCAGGAGCCAAGCAGGAGGGACGAGGUUGUUAUAGGCUCUGUUUGCAAAGAAAAACCACCAUUCUGCAAGGACCAUGAGGCCACUGUGUGUGACGUGCUGGUGGCUGGGACUGCUGGCUGCCUUGGGAGCUGCUGCCGGCCAGAAGGAUGGUUUAGAGGGCACUGAGGAGGGCUCGCCAAGCGAGUUCAUUUACCUGAACAGGUACAAGCGGGCUGGUGAGUCCCCAGACAAAUGCACCUACACCUUCAUUGUGCCCCAGCAACGGGUCACAGGUGCCAUCUGUGUCAACUCCAAGGAGCCCGAGGUGCUCCUGGAGAACCGUGUGCACAAGCAGGAGCUGGAGCUGCUCAACAAUGAGCUGCUCAAGCAGAAGCGGCAGAUCGAGACGCUGCAGCAGCUGGUGGAGGUGGACGGCGGCAUCGUGAGCGAGGUGAAGCUGCUGCGCAAGGAGAGCCGCAACAUGAACUCGCGGGUCACGCAGCUCUACAUGCAGCUCCUGCAUGAGAUCAUCCGCAAGCGGGACAACGCGCUGGAGCUCUCCCAGCUGGAGAACCGGAUCCUUAACCAGACGGCCGACAUGCUGCAGCUGGCCAGCAAGUACAAGGACCUGGAGCACAAGUACCAGCACCUGGCCACGCUGGCCCACAACCAAUCGGAGAUCAUCGCGCAGCUCGAGGAGCACUGCCAGCGGGUGCCCGCAGCCAGACCCGUGCCCCAGCCGCCCCCCGCCACCCCACCCCAGGUCUACCAGCCGUCCCCCUACAACCGCAUCAUCAACCAGUUCUCCACCAAUGAGAUCCAGAGUGACCAGAACCUGAAGGUGCUGCCACCCCCUCUGCCCACCAUGCCCACCCUCACCAACCUCCCGUCCUCCACAGACAAGCCAUCGGGCCCAUGGAGGGACUGCCUGCAGGCCCUGGAGGAUGGCCAUGACACCAGCUCCAUCUACCUGGUGAAGCCAGAGAAUACCAACCGUCUCAUGCAGGUGUGGUGCGACCAGCGACAUGACCCCGGGGGCUGGACCGUCAUCCAGAGGCGCCUGGACGGCUCUGUCAACUUCUUUAGGAACUGGGAGACAUACAAGCAAGGGUUUGGGAACAUUGAUGGCGAGUACUGGCUGGGCCUGGAGAACAUUUACUGGCUGACAAACCAAGGCAACUACAAACUGCUGGUGACCAUGGAGGACUGGUCUGGUCGCAAGGUCUUUGCCGAAUAUGCCAGCUUCCGCCUGGAACCUGAGAGCGAGUAUUACAAGCUGCGGCUUGGACGCUACCAUGGCAAUGCUGGCGACUCCUUUACUUGGCACAACGGCAAGCAGUUCACUACCCUGGAUAGAGACCAUGAUGUCUACACAGGAAACUGUGCCCACUACCAGAAGGGAGGCUGGUGGUACAAUGCCUGCGCCCACUCCAAUCUCAACGGGGUCUGGUACCGCGGAGGCCAUUAUCGGAGCCGCUACCAGGAUGGAGUCUACUGGGCUGAGUUCCGAGGAGGCUCCUACUCGCUCAAGAAAGUGGUGAUGAUGAUCCGGCCCAAUCCCAACACCUUCCACUAAGCUGGAGCCCCGCCUGACCUCUAGUGGCCUUCGCCAGGAGCCUGCCCCCGCCAUGCUGGCCCCAGAACAAAAAAGCAACUCCUCGCCACUUUGCCUGGGGGCCAGAAGGACUGGGAGGCUGGAUUCUGUUUUUCCACAUCACUGCGGCAGAUAAUGGAACUGAAUCGUACAGUAUUCUCUGUCCCUACUAGUCUUCCUCACAUCAGGCAGCCCCUCGUGUUUCCAGACAGGACUGCAGACCAGUCUUUCCUUAAAUUAAUUAAGUCCCCACAAUAAAAACACAACUUCAAAAUACCCUCAUAAUAUACAUGUGUAUGAGCCGACCUUGCACACUUACGUGUAUACUACAUAUAUAUGCAUUUAGAUAUAUGGCACAUAUAAUAUAUCUAGAUACAUAUAUAGGUUUGCCUUAUAUGCCUAAACAUACAUAUAUUCAAGCUCUUACCAACAGCAUUGCCCUUAGGAGAAAAGCAUUUCAUUACGUCGCGUUACUUGAGUCUAAGAGCAGAUCACAGACUAUAGAGCUCUGAUUCAAAGAUUAACCCUUGGCGUCCACGUGCCUGAAUCCUUCUAGGAAUGCCACUUUCUCUCUCACGUAGGGGUUUCCAACUCCUAACUUAAGAACCCCUUUGGACACUUAAUCAAAUUUCAAAAUCUUCCUCCACCUCCAUUUCUAUAUUCUUGCCCCUUCUCAGGACUUCCACCAUCCACCCAUCCAUCCGCUUGUUCAUUUGUUCAACACUGUUCUGUAAGUGCCUUGUGUGUACGAGUCCCUGGCCACUCACUGUACGUCCAGGCACCUUUCUGCGUGUCUCUUCUUCAUGCCUACCUUCUCCUUGCCUUUGCUGUCACACUGCCCUCUCUUUCUAAGCAAGACUCUUUAGUCUCCCAGUAGGAGGCAGUCUGGGUUCCAGGUUUCUGGCCAGGAAAGGAAAGGCCAGGCCCAAAGCUAACUACCAGCCAUAGAUAAUGUAUUUGCAGUUUUGUAUUUUCUAUUCACACCUUAGCCUACAUAUCAUUUUAACCUUCACAGAAAUAAUAACCUACCUUGCCCAGGAGAUAAUCAAAGAGAAGCCAUCAUCUGAUCAUUGGGACCCCCAGCUGGCCACAGGCCAAAGGUCCUACGCUCUCAGGCCCACUAGAGUCCACAUCUCAUCCCCAAACUACACUUCCCCAGAGAAUGCAGGUGCCACAGAAAUGAGAACUGGCCAUUUCUUGUGAGUUACUGAAUAAUCAGGGGCCACCAGUCCCCUUGUUUAUUACAUUACAGCAAGGUAGCUUUCCAAGUCCUGUUGGCUAUGAAGUAAGUGUCAGACUCAGUACUACCGGAAUAUCGUCAAGCAGGGAGCAAGAGAUGAGUCAAGCAGGGAGCGAGUGGGUUGGGGUGUGCGAGAUGUUGGAACGUUUGGAACUGUCCAUGUCUGGGUGUGUGCCUAUUACCUCAGCAUUCUCGCGAAGUGUACCAUGUAGCAUGUGUUGUAUAUAUAAAAGGGAGGGUUUUGUUUUUUUUUAAUAUAUUCCCAGGUUACCCUUGUAAUGGUACAAAUUUGCAAUAAA